GCAGCCGCAGCUUUGACAGGUUUUUUAUUUAAACGUUGUCCCCAGCGCGGCCGCUCAGCAAACACCGCGUGCUUUUCGUGAGGCAGCCAUGGCGAGCAGCUCGCAAAAAGCGGAUAAGGAUAGAAAUAAAAGCAAAAAGAUGGAGAGUGAAGCUUCAGAAAAUCCUCCGUUGUCUGACCAAACAGAUUUGGCUCCUGAGGACUCGCUGUCCUUUUCCAAGACUGAACCACUGGAAAAGGUUUUAAAUGAGACGAGCAAAGAAAUUAUUAACUUGUUAUCAAAAUAUGCCAACAUUAUAAGUACAAGAGCAGCGUUGGAUUCUUCUUAUGUCCGGGAACUUGAGGAGAUCUUGAGAGAAGCCAGGGCCAUAGAAAACCACUUAAAGCAGAAAAGGGAGAUGCUGAAACAGAGAUUCACUUUCAUUGCCAACACUCUGCAAAGCUAAAUGGAGUUUGUUAUGGAAAUGCAGAGCUGAAGUUGUGUUUGUGCAUGAAAACAAACUGUGAUGAGUGUUGUGGUGUCUCUUUCUUGUAUAAAUAUUUGUUAGUUCAGGAAACUUCCACUACAGCAGCUACUUAGUGUUUAAAUACAUGGUGUAGUUAGUAAAAACAAUUCUGAAUAUCUGUUUUAAAUCCUGUAACUCAAGGGGUUAAGACAUUAAGGUGUGUUAACCCAUUAAAUAUAGCAAAAAACCCCAUUUCUAUGAAACAGGAAUUUAUGAUGUAAGUAGAAAAUGACCUCAGAUCAUUUAAUGUUAACUAUUUUCUGGUUAUGGUUUUUUUUUUUUUCCUUUCUACUUUAAAAAAUAUUUUUGUGCUAAAAUCUUAGUAGAAUAUACUUGCAAUGUUAUUUACAUUUUGCCUCAUAAUGUAAACAGGCUGAAAACAGAUAAGAUUAGAAAUAAGAGAGUUUUUAUAAAGAACUUUGAGAAAGUAUGAAGUCUUAAUUUGCAAUGCAUUGUCAUACUGGUACAUGUGUUACAUUUCAAGGCCAUGUUGAUAUCAAAUGUAA